AUGGGCAAGAAGAGCGGCCGCAGCAACAACGGCGGGGACGCCGCCGCCGCUCCCAAGGCGACGGCGUUCGUGCUGAAGGCGCUGCUCGCCGGCCUGCAGCAGCAGCCGGUGCACGCCCACCGCGGGCACCCGCUGCCCGCCGGCACCUGGAACGCGCUCCAGCACGGCGGGUACGGGCAGGCGGCGUACCCGUGGGUGCUGCAGCAUCAGCAGGCGCCGCCGGAGCCGUACUUCGCCUCCUACCCCGCCGCGCCCUCCUGGGGAGCGUACGCCGCCUACCCGCACGGCGGCCUUGGUGGCGCCUACGGCGGCGGCGGCGGUUGGUUCGGGUACUGA